AUGUCGCUGAAAGGAGGCGGAUUACUGCAAUUUAUACAAACCGUGUGUUUCCUCUCGUGUUGUUCAGCAGACGUGUGCAGCUGGAGUGGAAGCGGCUUAGUGCGGGAUCCUCUCUCAGGGCCGGUCCAGCAGGUCAGUCUGCGCUGCUCUGCGGGCUCAGUCCGCUGGCUCUUCCCGCGUCUCGCGCUGCGUCUCCUGCUGAAGCCGAACGUGGCUUCCGCGCGCCCCGCCGCGCUCUGCAUUAAAGCCUCGCGCGCGUCCCGCGGCGCCGCUGUGUACGCGGAGCGAGCCGGAGAGCUGCAGCUGCUCGUGGAGGACGGAGAGCUGCCCGAGCAGGUGCACUGCGUCCGCACGGACGGAGUUCAGGGAGCGGCCAUCUUCCUUCAAGCCAACCCGCAGAGCGAUUUCCGGCGGCGAGCAGUGAGCUUCCGGUACGAGCUGCUGCAGGAAAAGAGCAUCGCGAGCAAAGCUGCCUGCCGACCAUGCAAUGACUCUGAGAUCCUCCAGGCCAUCUGUACUAGUGACUUUGUGAUCCGUGGCUCCAUACGUAAUGUAUCCCAUCAUCCUGAGCGGCAGACGUCCGUGAUCGAGGUGGAGGAGGCCCGAGUAUACCGACAGCGCAGCAGCAUCUUUGAGAGAGAGCCGAUCAUGUCUGGCCACUGGCACGGCCACAUCCACACCCCCCUGCAGUGCCACGUUAAAGCCGGAGCUGGCCAGUUCCUCUUCACCGGAGCUGAGCACUUUGGCGAGGCUUGGCUCAGCUGUGCUCCCAGAUUCAAAGACUUUGAGGAGCUGUAUUAUUUAGCCAGGGCAGCACAGCACAUAACCUGUGAAUUUCCAAUCGACUGA